GUCGCUCCGACUGGACGCUCCGGGAAUGGGAUCUUCAGAGAGAAUCAAGAAAAACUUCCAAUUUUUUCGAGUUUACCCUCUCCAAAGAUUCCUCUUUAUUCUACGAGAAUAGCUCCUGAGAGAGAGGAGGAAAGGGAGGCAGAAAGUAAAUUAUAGCCUACACCAAUGUGAGAAAAAAGGAAGGUAAGAAAGGUGUAGUAGGAGGAAAAGAUACAGGAAGAAAGGAAAGAUAGAUGGGAUAAAUUUAUUUAAAAACGCAGUUUGUACUAUAUGUGUAAUAUGUGCUUCAGCUUGCAGUAGUUACAUUUCGUUAUAUUCAUCCCACAGCUAAAUUAGGCAAUAAAGUAGUUAACGCACUAAGUGAAUGCAUUAGUUAGUCGUGAAAGUAACCCAAGUUAACCAAUUUAGUCGUGAAAGCAACCCAAGUUAAGCAACAAGACUUGUAGCAAUAAACCGCAUCUUAUAAAUAAUCACAACUCCAUAGCCGUUAAAAUAUUGACACUAAAAGUUAGUCAGGAGAGUUCUUCAGUGCGUGUAUGGCGUUAAGAGGUCUCACUGAGAUAUAACUUUAGGUCUCUCGACAAAUGCGAUUAUGGCGAAGUGGUUCAAAGAUUUCCCCAUCACUCUAAAGAACGGAACCGACAGGAUCCGCUCAGUCUCAGAAUCUGGUUCUCAAACCCGCGUCAAACCUGUAUCGCAAGCCGGGACUGGCACCAAAACGGGAGGCACAAAAGGGACCCAGCGCAAAAAUUCGGGGGUGGAGGGUAUCGGUAGCGGGGUGGGUUCGCUUCUGUCCGGAAGAAAUCGGAAAAAUUCGGCUAUCGAUUUGGGAAAGAAUGGCACCAGCACCGGCGGUUCGAUUAAAGACGGGAAGGUAUGGGAUAGUCUAAUUCCAGGAAAGGGCCGGAAAAACUCAAAGGUCGAGACAGCAUUCGAAGAGCCCCGAUCACUUAAAACUUCAAGUUUGGCGAAUACCUACAUCAGCAGGCUGAUCAAGGUAGACAAACAGGACAAGCACCAAAACUACAAUAGCGGUACUGGUGGUCAAGUGGUACCAGAAACGGAGAAAGGAAAGGCAGCUAGCAAGACAGAAACGGUGAUCAUUCUGGAGGACUACGCAGAUCCCUUCGAUGCACAGAAGACAAGGGAGCAGAGAGAGGCAGAGAGGGAGGGAGAGAACGAUGGGUACAUGGAGCCCUAUGAUGCCCAGCAAAUGAUCACAGAGAUACGACGGAGGGGAUCAAAGGACCUGCUAAAGAUGUGUGCUCUCCUGGAGGGAGGAGAGGGAGCAGUUGAGGAGGGGCGACCCAGCCCACCCCUUAUAUAUGACACCCCCUAUGAGGCGGGUGUCGAAGGGGAGGCCGGAGGAGUCCGGAUUCCCGUCACCCGGCCGGAACUGGACCCCCGUCCACCUGCUGAGUACGAACUGCCCUGGGAGUGGAAGAAGGAGCAGAUUGUGAGGGCCCUGUCAGCCCAGUUUGAGGGAGUCGAGCGUUCACCCCCCGCCAAAGAGGAGCCCCCCCAUCCCACGCGGCAGCAGCACCUGCGGCAAAAGAGCUUGAGCCAAAAAAUCCUCAAAUCCUCCCCUCCCCCUCCCUCCUCUCCUGGCCCCACAUCUGAGGCUGACACUGCUAAAGUCGAUCCUACUGUACCCCUGGAGAAACAGAGCUGGUAUCACGGCUGUGUGACGCGCCAGGAAGCAGAGUCACAACUGCACUCCUGCAAAGAGGCCAGCUUCCUGGUGAGGAACAGCGAGUCGGGCACUAGCAAGUACUCCAUCGCUCUCAAGACCAGUCAAGGAUGUGUGCACAUCAUUGUGGCCCAGACCAAAGAGAAUGGAUACACUCUGGACCAGAGCAGCUGUGUGUUUCCCAGCAUCCCUGAGGUGGUGCACCAUUAUUGCACCCAGCGUUUGCCUUUCAAUGGGGCCGAGCACAUGACCCUGCAGCACCCCGUGCCCCGACCUCACUGACUCCGCCCCCAACACUCUCUGCGACCUAUUAUCCUAACGCUGCCUUCCUCUUUCUCUCUCUCUCUCUCUCACUCAUUUAAUGUCUCUCUUUCCUUUCCUCUCUCUCUCUGACAGUGCACCUCUGGGCAGGUCUCAGGUCCUGGUUCUAUCUCUCCAACUUAAUUUCACGGUCCAACCCUGGCGUUUUCUCUCUAGCACGCUCUCAGUGUCACCCUCACUCCCAUACCUCACAUUUUCUCUUUAUGUAACUCCAUAUUUAUCUUUCAGCCAAAACCAAAUUGAUCAUACAAAUUUCCAUGUUGGGAAAUUCAGUCAAAUAAAUCGUGAGAGUAAUAUGUUAACAAUUGCUGUCUGAUUAUUAUAGCCCAUUUCUGUAGCCCUCUUUUGCUUUCCCCAUUUACUCUCUCUGUUUAUCAUUCUGUAUCUUACAAAGAAACAACAUCCCGUCAUCCACACUGACAAGUCUGCCCCAUUAAUUAGCUUUGAGUAGACAAGGUCUGUCUCACAUUCCCUCUACUGGACAAGCUUGUAAACUACACCAACUGAUUUUAACAACAGUAGGAAGAUGCAACUGUAAGUAAUGCUCAGAGCCAAACACAUGCAGUAAUCCCUUGUCCUAUAAGCGUAAGAAAUUACAGACACACUGCAUUAAGAGUAUUUUGGUACAGAUGAAACCAGUCUCCAUUUCUCUCCAUGUCUGUCUCUCAUGCAUUGUGAAUGAAUGCACUUGUCCCUUUGUAUUGUGAAUCAUGAAGUGAUUUGUCCCAACAGAAUGUGCUACCUUCUGUAUUGACAGAAGGAACCAAUGUUAGGUCAUUUACUAAAAUCAAUAAUAUACAUGAAAGUAUGCUAGUUUAUCAGUUUAAUCAAUGUUGGUUUAAUGAACGUUAAUUAUGCCCUGAGGGCGCUGCUAAAAAUUCCCAUUAACUGGAAUGAGUUCAUAUGAAACAGUGUGAAUGCCUUUGCCUUCCCCUUCAUGGAUAUCUACACAGCACUGGUUCCCUAUAUAUUUACUCAUGUAAUCUUUACUUGUGCUCAGUCCUUACUUGUUUUCACUGAAUUGAUUGCAAAACAACUGUCAUCAAACAUAAUGAAUCAAUGAAUAACAUUGGUUCAGAUUAAGAGUGCCAAUGCUUAUGUUUUUAAGAAAUGUGCCUUAAUUUUUUUCCACUU